GCCAUCCCUGCCCCCCCAGCCUGACCCCCGGCCCCAGCAUGGCCCAGGGUGCCAUGCGCUUCUGCUCGGAAGGCGACUGUGCCAUCUCCCCGCCACGAUGCCCACGCCGCUGGCUCCCCGAAGGCCCGGUGCCCCAGAGCCCCCCGGCCAGCAUGUAUGGCAGCACAGGCUCCCUACUACGGCGGGUGGCAGGUCCAGGUCCCCGAGGCCGGGAACUUGGACGUGUGACAGCACCCUGUACACCCCUGCGUGGCCCCCCUUCACCCCGUGUUGCUCCCUCACCCUGCGCAUCCUCUUCACCCACUGGGCAGCCCCCACCAGGGGCCCGGAGCUCUGUGGUCAUAUUCCGCUUUGUGGAGAAGGCCAGCGUGAGGCCACUGAAUGGGCUACCUGCUCCCGGAGGCUUGAGUCGGAGCUGGGACUUGGGUGGGGUCUCUCCUCCCAGUCCCACCCCAGCCCUUGGGCCUGGCUCCAACCGAAAGUUGCGGCUAGAAGCAUCCACAUCAGACCCACUCCCAGCUGGAGGAGGCUCAGCUCUGCCUGGCAGUGAGGGCCUUUUACACGGGCCACCAGCUCAACCUCAGGUUGGAACAGACAGUCUUUACUCCUCUCUCCCCAAUGGGCUGGGGGGACCCUCUGAGCACCUGGCCACAUUAUUCCGAGGACCUGCUGACACUGGACUCCUUAACCAGGGGGACACCUGGUCCUCACCCAGAGAAGUCUCCUCUCAUGCCCAGAGAAUCGCUCGAGCCAAAUGGGAAUUCUUCUAUGGCUCUCUGGACUCCCCCAGCUCAGGUGCUAAGCCCCCAGAGCAGGCCCCCCCAUCUCCACCUGGGGUGGGCUCAGGGCAGGGCUCUGGGGUGGCUGUGGGGCGAGCAGCCAAGUACUCCGAGACGGACCUGGACACAGUGCCCCUGAGGUGCUACCGCGAGACCGACAUCGAUGAGGUGCUGGCUGAGCGGGAAGAGGCUGACUCGGCCAUCGAGAGUCAGCCCAGCUCUGAGGGCCCGCCUGGCACUGCCCGCCCACCUGCCCCACGUCCCGGCCCAUGCCUUGGCCCUCGUUCCAGCCUGGGCAGUGGCAAUGAGGACGAGGAUGAGGCAGGUGGGGAAGAGGAUGUGGACGACGAGGUGUUUGAGGCCUCAGAAGGGGCCCGGCCAAGCACCCGAAUGCCUCACUCUGGGCCUCUCAAGUCGCCUCUGCCCUUUCUACCUGGGACCAGCCCCUUGGCUGAUGGGCCUGACUCUUUCAGUUGUGUGUUUGAAGCCAUCUUGGAGUCACACCAGGCCAAGGGCACCUCCUACACCAGCCUCACCUCGCUGGAGGCCCUGGCCUCACCUGGCCCAACCCAGAGCCCCUUUUUCACCUUUGAGCUGCCUCCCCAGCCCCCUGCCCCCAGGCCUGACCCACCUGCUCCUGCCCCACUUGCCCCUCUCGAACCGGAUUCUGGUACCAGCUCUGCUGCUGAUGGGCCUUGGACACAGAGAGAGAAGGAAGAGGAGGCAGAGGCUGGAGCCAAGCAGGCCCCAAGGAGGGAGCCCCCUAGUCCCUGCCGCUCAGAAGACAGCUAUGGGCUGGGGGCAGCUCCCCUGGGCAGUGAACCGCCCCUGAGCCAGCUCGUGUCCGAUUCGGACUCAGAGCUGGAUAGCACAGAGCGGCUGGCCCUGGGAAGCACAGACACCUUGUCCAAUGGGCAGAAAGCAGACCUGGAGGCUGCGCAGCGCCUAGCUAAGAGGCUGUACCGACUAGACGGCUUCAGGAAGGCGGAUGUGGCCCGGCACCUGGGCAAGAACAAUGACUUCAGCAAACUUGUGGCUGGCGAGUACCUGAAGUUCUUUGUCUUCACGGGCAUGACUCUGGACCAAGCUCUCAGGGUGUUUCUGAAGGAGCUGGCCUUAAUGGGUGAGACCCAGGAACGGGAGCGCGUGCUGGCCCACUUCUCCCAGAGAUACUUCCAGUGCAAUCCUGGAGCCCUGUCCUCAGAGGAUGGUGCGCACACGCUGACCUGCGCCCUCAUGCUACUCAAUACGGAUCUCCACGGCCACAACAUCGGGAAGCGCAUGACCUGCGGCGACUUCAUUGGUAACCUGGAGGGCCUCAACGAAGGCGGCGACUUCCCCAGAGAGCUGCUCAAGGCCUUGUACAGCUCCAUCAAGAAUGAAAAGUUGCAGUGGGCCAUAGACGAGGAGGAGCUGAGACGCUCUCUGUCUGAGUUGGCCGACCCCAACCCCAAGGUCAUCAAGAGAGUCAGCGGGGGCAGUGGCAGCGGCUCCAGCCCUUUCCUGGAUCUGACCCCCGAGCCCGGGGCCGCAGUCUACAAGCACGGGGCCUUGGUGCGAAAGGUGCACGCAGACCCUGACUGCAGGAAGACACCUCGGGGCAAGCGGGGCUGGAAGAACUUCCACGGGAUCCUCAAGGGCAUGAUCCUCUACCUGCAGAAGGAGGAGUACCAGCCUGGGGAGGCCCCGUCGGAGGCUGAGCUGAAGAAUGCCAUCAGCAUCCACCACGCACUGGCCACGCGUGCCAGUGACUACAGCAAGAGGCCCCACGUCUUCUACUUGCGCACCGCUGACUGGCGGGUCUUCCUCUUCCAGGCCCCGAGCCUGGAGCAGAUGCAGUCGUGGAUCACUCGCAUCAAUGUGGUGGCUGCUAUGUUCUCCGCACCCCCCUUCCCAGCUGCUGUCAGUUCCCAGAAGAAGUUCAGCCGCCCUCUGCUGCCCAGUGCUGCCACCCGCCUCCCCCAGGAGGAGCAGAUGCGGACCCACGAGGCCAAGCUGAAGGCCAUGGCAAGUGAGUUGCGGCAGCACCGGGCUGCCCGUCUGGGCAAGAAGGCCCGGGGCAAGGAGGCUGAGGAGCAGCGGCAGAAGGAGGCCUAUCUGGAGUUCGAGAAAUCUCGCUAUGGCACAUAUGCAGCGCUGCUUCGGGUCAAGCUGAAGGCGGGCAGUGAAGAGCUGGAUGCGGUAGAGGCAGCACUGGCCCAGGCCGGGAGCACGGAAGAUGGACUCCCCCCUCCUCACUCCAGUCCCUCCCCGCAGCCCAACACCUCCAGCCAGCCCCGGGCUCAGUGUCCUGGCCCAGAGUCUCGCGCAGGGGCAGGCAGUGGGCGGUGGAAGCCCUGAGUUGUGGGUGGGAGUGGGGGCGGGGGUGGUGCCCACCAGGCACCUGCAUGACAGGGCCCUGCCUGAGCCCGGGCCGGCCUCGGGCCACCUGGGAGGGCCCCUCGGUCCAGGGCCUGACCGCGCCGGACGCGGUGUCCGGGGCAGGGCAGGGCUAGGGCACGGGCCUCAGGAGCCUUAGGCUAAGGGCCCCUCCGAGACCCCCCUUUUUGUGAUAAUGUUUUGCACUUUUUCGUACAGGAGACUGGGACAGGAGGGGCCAGGGUCCCUGGACUUUUGAUGCUUUUUUUUUUUGUGGGGGAGACCUGAUGUUUCUGCUGAGACACCCCACCCCUGACACCAGCAAUCGCCCUCCACCCUGGGGCCUGGCUCAGACAGAAGCCAGGAGUUGGGGCUGAGCUGGUUUUCCCUCCCUCUUCCGUGAGGGCUCACCCGCUCUUUCCAGAGGUGGCGGGUGUCCAUGCUGAGGCCCUAUGCACAGGCUGGGGACAGCAUGGCCUUGCUUUCCCUCCUUCAGUGGGCCCUGCCCUUUGUAUAGCCUCCACCUCCAUUAAAACUGCUCUAGACUUGC